AUGGCCCUCGCGCUUCCUUCCGGCUCGGCCAUUCCGGUCAAGAGUCCGCGAAAGGAGAAGAAACGCAAGAGGCCGAAGAAGGAUAAGAAGGAUGAUAAGGACAAGGAUCUGGACAGCGACGCCGAGCUCGAAGUCUCGGCUGAAGAUCUGGUCGCUGCUGGGGAGACGGCGCGGAGGGAGGACGACGCUGAGGAGGAUGAGGAUGAGGAUAUUGCCGGACAGGUGGCCGUGGAUGUCAAGCAGGCUGCUAAGCGGCGGCGUGACGAGACGUUACUUCUGCGCGGCGUACUUGACGAGGAGCAGGGCCGGCGUUUCGAUGCUUUCCGCGGGACUGUCAUCCCGCGAGCGGCUGUCAAUAAGCUCAAUCGCGAUAUGUACGACCAGCAUGUGCCGAAGAACAUCCAACCCGUGCUGGCCGGCUUGCUCAAGAUCUUCGUUGCGGACGUCGUCGAGAUCGCGCGCGAGAUCCAGCCGCACACUGCGCAUCCAACCGGCCCUUUGCAGCCGUAUCACCUCCAGAUGGCGCGGGUGCGGCUGCAGGAACAGGGCCUGUUGAGCGCACCGAGUGGGAUUGGCGCCCAGCGCUCGUCGACGGGUCUGCGGGCGCGCAAGCCGCUGUUCCGGCGCUAA